AUGCCCCCGCCCAGAAAAUUCAGGUACCUCUUCUCGGUGUCGAAGAUACCGUUCGUGGACUACGACAGCCUCGAUUUCGCUCUCAUCGCCGGUCCCUUCUUCACGGCGUUCAACUCCCUCGCCGGUGUGGUGCUCAGCUUGGUUGGCGGCGUCCGCCCUGUCCGGCUCCUAAGCACAGCAUGCCUUGUCUGGAGCGCCUCUACCGGAGCUGUGGCCUUCACGCACAAGUUCUGGCAGGUGGCACUCGCGAGGAUUGGCCAGGGUAUCGGAGACGCUGCCUGCAGCCCGUUCGCCGUGAGCAUCCUCAGAGACAACUUCGGUCCGGAGGUCAUCGGUUCCGCGAUAGGUGUGUACUACGUGGGUCUCUACGCGGGGUUCAGCCUGGCGCUAGGCGCCGGCACUCUCGUGGACGACCUGGUCGGGUGGAAGUGGUCAUAUCUGCUGGCGGCGUUGGCGGGGGCCGUGGUGGCCGCCUUGACCUUCCUCACGGUGCCGGAGCCGCUGCCGCCGCGCGAGGCGGUGUUGAUGCCGCCGCCACAGCAGCAGCAGCAGCGAGGACGGGGCGGCGCGGAAGCGCCUCCGGGUGCAGCCGCGUUGGCGGAGGGUUCGGCGUCGACGAUAACCAGGAGGAGCGGCGGCGGCGGCAGCCGGUCGGCGGUCUCGUCUCCAGUGUAUUCCCUGGUCGGCAGGGAAGGCCGGGGGAGGGACUCUCUCUCUGCUUCCGCGAGAGGAGGAGGGUACGGGUCGGAUCGCCCCGCGGUCGGUAGCGGCGGUAGCAGCAGCAGCCGCGAGAGGGAAGAGAAAGCGGGAACGGAGCCGACGUGGUUGGCGGCGGCGGCGGCGAGCAAGGCGCGCUCUUCACCGUCGUCGUCGCCGCCUCCGCCGCCGGUGGCGACGCCUCCUUCCACCGACCCGCGCUUGUUGUACACCCCCCCCCGGACACUACGCCGCCCCCCGCCGCCGGGGGGCGCGGAGGAAGGGCUUGGGCUUCAGCGCGGCUCCUCGCCGUCGUCGUCGUUGACGGCAUCGCCGCCGCCGCCGCCACCACCGCGGCCGCGCCGGAGCUCGGCGUACUCGAGGCUCCUCCAUCGAUCUCGAGGCAAGCUGUCGGACCUCUCGGCCGCCUGGCUGGACUCCCCGUCGCUCCUGCUCGUCUGCGUGGCCGGUGGAGUGCGCGACGCCGGCGGUUUCGUGUUUGGGUACUACCUGGCGAGCUACUUCAGCCCGCUCCUGGACGGAAACCCGAGCCUGACGCAGCACGGUGACGACCCCUGCUCGUCGUCGUACGAUGUCGGCUACGCCGACGACCAGAUCUGCGACGAGGCUUACCCGUGGUGCGUGGAAGGCUCCUGCUUCAGGCUGACGAGCUCUCCCUGGCACGACGUCGGCAUGCCGGCGCACCAGCUGGAGUGUUUCAUUUCGUGGGUGCCGCUCGUCGGUGGCUCCCUCGGGGCCAUGAUUGGUGGCUUCUUGUCCGACCGGGUCGCGCAGCGGCUAGGAACGGCGGGGCGUCUGUGGGUGGUGAUCGUUUCUAAUGCUCUAGCGUCGCCCUUCGCCGUCGGCGUCCUCCUGGCCCCGUACCCAUGGUGCUUUCUGUGCCUCCUGGGGGUGGAGCUCUUGGGAGAGAUGUGGAUCGGCGUCGUCCUCGCCGUGGUGAUAGCCCUCGUCCCGCGGCACGUCCGCAUCACCAGCGUGGCCUUGUACAACUUCAUCAUCACCAACAUCAGCGGCCUCUCCACGACCCUGGUGCCGCUCAUCCGCGGGCGGUACGACUCCGAGCACACGUUCAGCUUCUUCGUCGAGCCGCUCAGCGCUGGUGGCGAAGGCGAUGCGGGCCGCUUGCUGCUGUCUUCGCCGUCCGGUCUUGCCGAAGCGGGGACGGCGGUGGCGGCGGCGGCGGCUGAAGGGCCGGUUGAGGUCAGCGUGUCGGAGGCGGGGUCGCACGGGCUGCAGGCGGCGCUGCUGUGGAUGUACCCGGGGAUGUACCUGGCGUCGUCGUGUGAGUAG